AAUCUGCUAUAUAAGAUUCCACAUUGUUCAUUUGUUCAGCAAAGAACAGGAGACAUAUCACAAAGAGUUAAACAUGAAGAAUUUCUACUUUGAUCAUCAUGCCAUUGGAAUUCCGGUCAAUUCUGUUGCUAACGAAGAAUCGGCUUGUGUUGUUCCUCGUACUGAUUCAUACUUGUCCACCCAAUUCAAACGAAAUACAUUGAAUUCGGUAAUCAACCACAUUAUCAAGUUGAGCAAACGAGCAGAUAGCUAUGCACAAGGCAUUCGUGACCAUGUGAGUUUGGGUCCGAAGAUAUCUGAAACAGUGAAGGGAAAGCUGAGGUUGGGAACACGAAUUCUCCAAGCAAGAGGACUGGAGAGAGUUUUCCGAAAAAGUUUUAAUGUCGGAGAAGAUGAAAAGCUGAUAAAGGCUUUCCAGUGCCAUUUAUCAACCUCAGCUGGUCCGAUUGCAGGAUUGCUCUACAUUUCAACAGAAAAAAUCGCCUUUCAUAGUGAUAUGUCUUUCAGAUUCACAUCUUCAAAGGGGAAUACUUUGAAAAGCUACUACAAGGUUUUGAUUCCAUUGGGACGGAUAAAGAGAGCAAACCCAAGCGAAAAUGGAAGCAGGCCGAACCAAAAAUACAUACAAAUAGUAACAGAGGAUGAAUUUGAGUUUUGGUUUAUGGGAUUUCUUAGUUACCAGAGAUCUUUCAAGUACUUGCAACAUGCAAUAACAGAAGUACACAUGAGCUUAUGAUUUAAGUGUGAUCAGUUAUUUGGUCUUUGCAUAUCUUUUUUAUGUACAUUAUCACUGUAAUAUCACAACAAACCAUUUCAUUCGUGAGAAAUGAAGAUGAUAACCAAAAGUUUGAUAAA